UCAGGCUCCGUAACUGCUGUAGACUUUACUUUGUGGAGAACCUUGCAUUCUUGUGUUUUCCUUGCACUUCCAGGUGAACUGUAUUCCAAUUAAUGUACAACAAAACUGUCAUUUGCGGCAGGAGAGAAAUCAACACAGACUUCUGCUUGGGACCAAGAAGAGCCUUUUAAAAGACCCCAGGGGUUCGAGCUUGGUUCCGUGGACAGCGCGGGAGUGCAGAUUUAUAGGGGUAGGAGAUGUCACGGAGAGCUAAGGGGUUAGGUACCCCCGGAGGCCAGCGGCCGCAGGGAUAGCUCCAUGAGAGACCCUGGGGCUAGGAAGGAGUCACUAGAGGAGGGGACGAACGUGAAAAGGCCAGCGCCCGGCGAUACACAACAGGCCGGGAUUAUCAGGUCAGUUACCGGGAGCCCAGGCUGGACAAUGCAGCCACCGUGAGAGGAACACGAGGAGGCCGGGUGGCGACAGCAAACCCCCUGCGGGAGGCCGCACGGGUUAGCGCACUCUCCGGACGCCCCGAGCAGACAGACUACAGUGCGCCGGGACGCGAAACAAACACAAGAGCGCCUCGGAAGAGUAGGAGUGACGGCGCGCGCCUACCAUACACGCCCACGGCGCGCGCCUCGCGAUGACGUAACCGGACCACGCUGACGACACGCGAGGGGCGGGGCCGUGACGCAAGCGCCCGCACCUCAAGCCGCUGGCAGCGGGUGUGGCGAAGAGGGUGUCUGUCAGGCCCAGCCUACGGGUCAGCCGGACUUGGCAAACCAGCGAGCGUGCGCAGUGAGUGCCAGGCGCCGGCGAGCAUGCGCACUCCCAAGUGCGGCGGCUGCUGGUUGCCAUGGUAACGAGAAGCAGUUACGAGGCAGAAGAAUGGAAGGAACUGUAAUGUGAUGCUAGACUUUGUUGAAGCCACGACACAGUGUUUCCUUAUUGAGCAUGCUAAAAAAUAAGGAUCGCUCAUCUAAAAAAGCUAACUUAGCAGUCACCGCAGUUGCCUUACAGGACCACAUUUUACAUGAUCUUCAACUUGGACAUCUUUCAGUAGCAGAUCCUCUUAAGACAAAAGUGCAAAAGAAUGAGAGCAAGUCAAAAUCUCUCAAAAGAGACGCAACAGCCAUAGUAGAUACUGGGCUUAGGAAGACUACAGAGGGCCCCAAAGUGGAAGAUCCCGAAAAGGAGUAUGUUCUAGACCCCACACCACCACCGCUAACUCUAGCCCAGAAACUGGGCCUCUUGCCACCUCCUCCAUUGCCACUGUCAUCAGAUGAAUGGGAGAGAGUGAAGCAGAGAUCACUCCUGCAAGGGGACUCCAUGCAGCCAUGCCCAAUAUGUAAAGAAGAAUUUGAGCUCCGUCCCCAGGUGCUGCUUUCCUGCUCACAUGUAUUCCACAAGGCAUGCCUUCAGGCUUUUGAAAAGUUCACAAAUAAAAAAACCUGUCCCCUCUGUAGAAAGAACCAAUAUCAAACCAGAGUGAUACACGAUGGGGCCCGCCUGUUCAGAGUAAAGAGUGCCACCAGAAUCCAAGCCUACUGGAGAGGGUACAUCGUUAGAAAAUGGUACAGAAACCUAAGGAAAACAAUCCCUCCUAUGGAUGCCAAGUUAAGGAGAAAGUUCUUUGAGGAAAAGUUCACAGAAAUCAGCCACCGAAUCCUGUGCUCAUACAACACCAACAUAGACGAACUCUUCUCAGAAAUCGACCUCUGCUUGGCUGUAAAUCGCAGCAUCCUCCAGCAGCUAGAUGAAAGGUGUGGCCAUGAGAUCUCUGAGGAGGAUUGGGAGAAAAUCCAAGUGCAGGCUGCCCACCAGGAGAUCUAUGAGUGUUCCAUCUGCCUGACCCCACUCUCCCUCCAUGGUGACUGCCAGCAAGCAGCUGUAGGAAGCAGCAGCCAGCGGCCCCGUGAGACAGUCCUCCUGUCCUGUGCACACCUGUUCCACCAUGCCUGCCUCCUGGCCUUGGAGGAGUUUUCCUUGGGAGACAAUGCCCCUUUCCAUGCCUGUCCUCUCUGCCGAUCCUGCUACCAAAAGAAAAUCCUUGAAUGCUGAGUUCAUGUUCAUGAAGUUAAGACUAGAACAAGAAGGGGGGUAAAAAGCCUACCUUGUUUAUGAGUUGUGUGAAUUUUGGGGUGAGUACUACACUGCUGUCUGUUCUUUGUGAUUAUAUAGAGGAAAUAAAAGAACCUAUCUAACUAGUCUUUAUUACAUAAAAAGCAGUUUGUGCAUUUGUGAGUUUAGUCACUUGAAAUAAAUGAGGAAUAGUGUUACUUAAAAUAUUGCUAGUGUCUGACCAACAUCCAGGAAACUGACACACUUAUCCAAUGCUUAAGAAUCUUUCCUUUGUUUUUAUGUAAUAGGUUAGUACUACAGUGAAGUACUUCUAACAUGUAAACUGAAAAAAAAAAAUUGUGGUACUCAACAUCUAAACAAAGUAAACCAAAUGUUAAUGACUG